AUGUUGAUAUUAGUUUUAUUUAUCAAUUGUAUUCUAUUAUCAUCUUCAAAUGUUUUUGGAGGACAAGUACUUUCAAUAUUUUCUAAUUCAAUAUGUGAUCCAACGAUAUCAACGUGGACGUCAUGGUUUAAUACACAAAAUCCAACAAUAAAUAAUGGAAAUGAUCAUGAAGAUAUACUUAUUAUUCGAGAAUUAUAUAAAGGUGCAAUUCAAUGUGAAAAUGUUUUGAAUGUUGAUUAUUCUGUAGUACAAAAAUCUAAAAAUGAAUCAGGAUUAUAUCAAACAUUGAUCAAUGCUAAUGGUCUUUUUUGUAUGGGUUCACGUUCAUCCCCAUGUCCUGAUUAUAAAGUUCGUUUUUGCUGUACAUUUCCAAGUCAAAGUUCAAUAGCUCAAUGUGGUCAAACAUUUCAAUCACCUUAUUUACAAGCAACUGCUCGUAUCGUUAAUGGACUUCAAGCAAAACCACAUUCAUUUCCUUGGGCUGUUUCACUACAAUAUAAAGGUGGUCAUGAUUGUGGUGGUGUAAUCAUUGAUCAAUGGAAUAUUUUAACAGCAGCACAUUGUCUAGAUUAUGCCAAUGAUCUUGUUAAUUAUUUAGCUCGUAUCGGUGCUCAUAAUAGAUCUUCAUCUGGUCAACUUAUACCUAUUGCUAAACUCAUAAUACAUCCAUAUUAUGAUGAAUCUCGUUCAACUAAUGAUAUUGGAAUUAUUAGAUUAGCUGCACCGAUUAUAUUUACAAAUGAAAUUCAACCAAUUUGUCUUGUAGAUAAUAUUGUUGAACCACCACUUGAUACAACUGUUUAUGUUGCUGGUUGGGGUAAUACUAUACAUGAUGUAUGGAAUAGUGGAAGUCUCGUUCUUCUUCAAGCUCGACUUCGUGUUAUUUCGGAUUGUUCAAUGUAUUUUGCUUAUGAUCCUCAAACUCAAAUUUGUACUGCUCCUAAUGGUCCAAUUGAUAAAGAUCAUGGGUCAUGUCAAGGAGAUAGUGGUGGUGGUUUAUUCUAUUUAAAAAAUGGUCGUUGGUAUGCUGCUGGUGUAGUUAGUUAUGCUAUUGGGUGUGGACGACGAGCAUUUCCUACAGUAUUUACUAAAACAGCAGCUUAUAUUGAUUGGAUUCGAGCUAUGGUUAAUCUUCCUAUAUAA